UAUAAUAGACAAAUGAAAGAUUUGAUAAAAGUUACUAAUUAAAUACUAAUUUUAGGGUCAAUUCUUCUCUGGCAAUAAUCAGAGGGUCUAUUUGCUUGGUAAUCCUGUUAUAUGGUGGGGAAAUAUAAUAUUUCUUAUAAUGUUUAUUACGUUAUAUAUACACGCGUGUAUAAGAGAACAAAGAGGUUGCAUAGAGGAUCCUUUAACACUUCAGCAAAGGGAGAAAAUAAUGGAAGCUGGAAAAUGGCUUUUUGUUGGAUGGUUUUUACAUUAUGCACCAUUUUGGGCUAUGAGUAGAGUAUUAUACUUCCAUCAUUAUUUUCCAGCAUUGUUAUAUAGCUCAAUGUUAACCGGCGUUACUUUAAAUUACAUCAUUGAAAGUUUACAAAUAUUAUUGCCUAAUAAAGUAGGAAAUACUAUUUAUCAUAUUAUAAUGGGUACCGUUAUUUCUAUUACGAUAUACAGCUUUUAUUUAUUUUCGCCGUUGGCUUAUGGAAUGGAGGGACCUGCUGCAUCUGAUCCUGAAAGCUCUAUGCAUUCUUUACGAUGGAUGGAUUCAUGGGAAUUUUAAAUUUCUUACAAUUUUUUCAUGUUUUUCUUUUACACCUACUUAUACAAGGUGAGAGAUAUUUUUGCUAAUAAGAAUGAGAUUAAAUUUAUACUAUUUAUAAUAAUGAUGUAAACAAUACUCAUUUUUUUAUUUAUAAAAAUUACUAAA